CAGCAUGGGUGAAUUUGGGGUGUGCCUCCAGCUGCUUGCCCUUGGGGUCCUCUGCACAGUGUCGGCCGCCUGCACCCAGAGGGACCUGGUGGGCGCCGUGGGGCAUGCGGUGACCUUCCCCCUAUGCCACGCGCUGCAGCAAGUAGACUUGGUGGUCUGGACCUUCAACACCACGUUCCUCUCCAGCCUCCAGCAGAACACCACCCACAGGCAGGUCAUCGUGGGCCCACAGCUGAAGCGACCCCGGCUGGAUCUGGUGCACCGGAACUACUCCCUGCGCCUGAGCCGGCUGGAGCUGGCGGACGCGGGCACCUACCGGGUGGAGUUGCAUAGCUCUGAGCAGCCGCAGCCUCUCCUGCAAGAGUACACGCUGCGUGUCUACGAGCCCCUGCCCAGGCCCAUCGUGAGUAAGACCAAGUGGCACACGGAGAAUGGGACCUGCCUGGCCAACCUGACGUGUUCGGUGCUACAGGAAACUGCGGUGACGUACAGCUGGGAGUUGGCCAACGGGAGCUGGGAAGGCCCUGCCCUCCCCACCAUCACCUGGAGGCCAGGCAGCAGUGACCGACAUUUCGUCUGCACGGCCAGGAACCCUGUGAGCAGGAACAGCUCUCACCCGGUGUCUGCCAGGGAGCUCUGUGAAGAGCCCGCUGGCGAGAAGAGGGAGACUCUCUCUCACAACAGGGAGUCAGCAGAGUACGACUGCGUUCUGCAUGUCCCGGUCACUCCCGUGAACACGCUGUACUCGACGGUGCAGGUCCCCCAGAAGAUGAACAAAGCCCCCUCACUGCCCAAGAACCCGGAAGCACCCAGGCCGGUCAUCUAUGAUGAAGUCCUCUAA